AUGUGCCAUUUCCUGAUCAAGCCCCCAAGCCCUCUGCACCACCUUCCGGCCCCCAAAAAUAGGACUGUAUGGUUCCGCCCGCUCAAGAAGCCUGAAGCUGUAGAGAUCGAGCGGUGGAUGUUCGACCUUAUCCGCCCAAGUCUCCACAGGCCCAAGCUGAAACUCAUCCAGGUCAACAAUAUCGCGGGCAGAGGUCCGUUGAUCCAGGAAAGGGAGGAGAAUAAGCACGCACGCAGGGGUUUAGCUCCCGCCUUCAGCUCCGGCAAGAUAAAGUUUUGGUUCCUAGACCAAAGUAAGAAGGCCUUCGAGGCCAUAUAG